CAAACAUUCAAAUGUUGUAACCAAUAUUUCCAAAAACGAGUUUGGGAGGGGAUUUGUGAAAAGGUGAAUGCCGUGUCUUCGGGACACACUAGAACCGUAGAUGAACUUCGAAAGAAAUGGUCAACCUAUGCCAGUGACACGAAAAAGAGGAUUUCCUCAAAUCGGAAAGAGUCAGUGAAGACCGGGGGAGGAAUGGCACCUCCCAAGCUUACGCCGCUUCAAGAUAAAAUUGUUGGUAUUAUAGGGCCCACGGCGAUCGAGGGAAUUUCAGGAGGUUUAGACACUUGUGGGGAAUUCGAGGAUGCAUGCAGCAGCCUCAGCUCUGCUUCAACUAUAAGUUUACAAGAUAAACCAUCUACCAGUGGGAACAAUGAAAUGGAUCCACCCAAAAAAGUGUCCUCCAGGAAGCACCAUAUACAGGAUGAGGACAAUCAAAGCUCCCAAAGAUUAGUCGCAAUUGAAGAGGAGAGACUUCUCGUAGAGAAGGAGAGACUUUCUAUUGAAAAGGAGAGACUUGAAGUGGAAAAGCAGAGACUUGAAAUUGAGAAACAAAAAUUAAUCAUAUCACAACAACGUCAUCAAAUUUAUUUAGGGCAGUUAGGUGUUCAGUUUACAUGUAUACCCCAAGGUGCUGACACGAGCAUCGCACAUGAGUAA